AUGCUCUUAACGUCGUCACAAGUCUCGGUCGCGGUCUCGGCGAGCAUUGUCAUUCUGUGCACUUUUGCCCUUUUCAUCAGCGGCUAUGUCUUGCAACAGCGCACACUGCGGCAGCUGCGGCAGUCGAUUCGCAUGCCGAAACCCGAGCCGCCCAAGAUCUUUUUGCCCGACCGCUUCAACAAGAUGACGACCGAGCUAGCCGACGGAACGAUUGUGACGAUUGAGACCGACGUGGACGAGAACGGCAACGCGAUUAUUGUCGCAGACAACGCCCCGAGCCAGAGCCAGGCAAGCCCGCUGGUCGGCGGGCCCAGAAACAAAGACCACAAUGAUAUUGUCGUGGAGGUGACGCCGAGUCGACCGGGAGCCGAGGACCAGACACAGCAGCGGCUAGCAGGCGACAAGGCACCGAGAGAACAAAACGCCGACGGCAUGGGUGUCGUCCCAGAAGAAGUGACGCAGAAACAGAAGCCGACGUCGAAGCCCGUCAGCAAGGCCGAGCGGCGACGACUUAUCAAGGAGGAACUGAUGAAAAUGGGGGCAAACGAAAAGCCCAACUAUUAUCAGCGGCGACUGCACUAA